AGUCGCGAUCGAAGUUUUCAAAUUCCUCGUUUAAACUCGUUGAGCCAACUGUACAAACACUACAUUCCGCCGAAGUUACUUCUCUUAUUCAAUCUAAGUACUGCUUGCUCGCGUACAGGCAAGACAAUGUUGAAAUUCAAUGAUCAAGUGAGAGAAAUACUCAAAGAUGUGAACUCUUUCCUGACCACGACCCUCGAGAAGGAAGAGCUGUCGCCUGCCGCCGUGACGGCCAGGGAGGAACUUGUCCAAAAGCUCCAGCGACUCUUUCGCGAGCACCCCCACCAGUUCCUCACGCUGGAUCUGGCCAAUGCGGAGCAGAUGCAAGGCUGGAAGCUUCCGCGGCCCUUGUCCAGCCCACAUCCCUACCUGGACAUGCAGAUAGGAGCAGCGCUGGCCUCGAGAGAAGCUGCUUACACGCACGACAAUAGUCCAGAUUACGUUUGCUGCGAUACCUUGCCCAUCGAAGACGCAGCAGAUGAAGUCGCAGAGCCAUCCACAGGGGAACUUUCUCGACUAGAGACCAGGCCAUCUGUCGACAUGGACGAACAGACCGAAGAUGGGUCUGUCGUUGAUAUCCCGGCAAGCGAACUUUCCAAGGCAGACAAGACAGGAAUCCUUGAGAAAAAAGGAAAAGAGAGACUCGGUGGACUCCUAAGCCCAUUUCAGAAGAGGUGGUGUGCUAUUAAAGACGGCAUGCUGUACUUGUAUGAGAAGCCGACGGACAAACGGCAGAAGGGGCAGAUUCCACUAGCCUCGUACGAGGCUCGUCCCUUUGUUUACUCCACCAAGGACACUUCGAAAAAGGAUGCUGCAUUUGAAAUUGUCUGCCCUGGCAAAAAAACUUACCAGUUCAUCGCCUUCAACACCAAAGACAUGAAACAGUGGAUUUCAGCAAUUGAAAAGAACAGCAAAGUGACGCCUUCAUCAGGCUCCGAGUCACACCUGGAGGUUGGGAGCAAUGGCAGUCACUCCGCAUCACCAUCCGGAUCAUCCCCUCUGGCAAGCCACACCCCUCAGCGAGAACACGUCAAUAGGGCGUCGCCGAAAGUUCCGGCAGCACGGGACUCGCCCGAAAUUGACCGGGAACUCUCGUAUGAGUACGUCGGCGACCGGACCACGGCCGUCGAAGACGCCGACGAGGAGGAGCCACUCUACGAAGAUGGUGAGAGCUACCUCGAGAACUCUGGCCAAGGCCACAAGGAUGCGGCAGAAGACGAAGUGGUGGAAGGGGACUAUCAGGACUGGUACCUGGCACUCUGGGACUGCCUCGGGGAGCGUGGGGAUGAGCUCUCCUUUCGGAGGGGGGACAUGCUCAAGGUGCUGAGCAGGGAGUAUGACAGGCAGGCCUGGUGGGUCGCAAAGGCACAAGGACAGAAGGGAGGCGUAGGUUUUGUGCCCAAGGACUACUUGAUGGCGGCAUUUGAGAGGGUGGAGUGAACACUGUCCGGAGGCUUGCAAAGUCUCUCAAUCUUGACGAGACCCUGUUCUGGGGAGGAAGAUCUGUCGGUUAUUGCCGUCUUACUUCAAUUUGAAAAGUGUAUUUUGCACUAAAAAGGUGCUUUUUUUUUUUUUUUUUUUUUUUUUUUUUUUACUGAGCUUUUGUACAUUUUAGCCAACGCUGCCACUGUAGUGAGUUAUGGUGUUAAGAGCACUUCAAUUUGAAAAGUGUAUUUUCCACUGAAAAGGUGUUUUUUUUUUUUUUUACACUGAGCUUUUGUGCAUUUUAGCCAAUGCUGCCACUGUCGUGAGUUAUGGUGUUAAGAGCUACUACACAUAAACAGAUUCUCAAAAUAUUAA